ACUCCAUACACCUGGCACAAAGUAACUACAUUGAGACACGUACUGUAAUGAACAUAAGAUUUACCUUUAUUGAUCCCCAAAGAGGAAACUCAAGUUGACACAGCAGCAUGGGGAGGGGAAAUGUAAUAAUAAAAUAAUAGAAACAAAAACUGAAAUAAACAAGAUAAAUUAGAAAUACUAUAUUCAAUAACAAUAUACAAAUGCAAUGUAGGCUGUUCUGUGCAUGUGCAAUUAAAAAAAACAACAACUAAGUUGUCAUUGCAGUUUGUCCCUGUUCUAUUGUAAUAUACAGAUUGUCACUUUACUUUAUUGUCAUAUAUGCAGAAAUAAACUAUUUUUUAUCAGUGUAAUGACAUUUUUAGUUUGCUGUCUCCCUAUCCUUAUGCCAUCAGUUGUUUUGUCCAGCUGAAAGAAUAAAAAAUGUAUAAAAAUGAAUUCAUUUUCAUAUCCACACAUAUGCAUAAAAUUGUACAAAUCCAUACUUCCACUCACAUAAAGUACAUACAUACAGUAUAUGCAUCCAUAUAUUCAUACUGGGGUAGAUAAUGAGAAUAAGAAUUUUUCAGUACAUGAACUCGUGUUUGACUGUGUGAGGGAUGGAAAGAAAAACAUAGUAGUUAAGGAAGGGAGACAUUGCCAUUUUUUCAGCCAGUGGACACCAGGAGAACUGAUAGAAGGCAAAGAAAAUCAGAAAUGAUGAGGAAGAAGAGGGAAAGUUAAGAGAGAGAGAGAGAAAUCAAGACAGAGCUCUGACAGUGAGAGGGAAAUAUGAGUGAGUAUCAGUUAUCACAAGUUACCUGUCCAGCUGGUCCUCAUGGUAUGAAAAUUGUUUAUAUUAUACAUGUAUUUUACAUCUGAAUAAGAAAUGGAUAUUUCCCAAAAUGGUGCAUUUAAGAGACAUGGCUUAACCCCAGUUUAAUAAAUGUAUUAUUCAAUUUAAUAAAUGUUUGCUUUAAAUAAAUAUCCAGUAAAUGACUACUCCAAAGUGUGAGUUAAUAUAUUGUACAACAAGCUUUGUUUUAUUUAAGAUUGAAUUCCCCCCCUUCUAGAAAUAGAAAUAUCCAAGUCCAGGUGUGAUGGGCCAGCUCAGCCGUAACUAGAGAGUUUCUCCAAGACCCUACAGCGAGGAGCCGGAGGAGUGAGUGAUACAAAGCCCAUUCAUUGCUGGAGUACUCACAGUCCAAAAAGACAGCUUACUGUUUCCCCUGUCGACAUUUCUCUCUGCCUGAUGCUCCUAAGAGUGUUUUUACCUCCACUGAGGGGUAUUGUAAUUGGAAAAAAAGCCACAUUUAAAAACAUUUCUCCCGAUGUGAAAGCAAUGCAAAUGCAAUGUAUGCAUGGGCAGAGAACAAAAAAGGUAUGACAAAAAUCCCUCGCUGUUGGGGAUAAUGAAUGAACAAAAUAAGAAACAGGUGAUUGAAAAUCAAAACUACAUUAAAGCACUAGCUGAGAUUCUAAUAUGAACUGCCACAGAAAACACAACCCGUGGUUGCAGGGAGUCUCCUGAUGCGGGAAAAAAAGGGUGUUUUCUUAGCUAUGUUGGAUGUGCUGGACAACAAUAACCCUAUGAUUAAAAGAAAAAAAAAAGAGAAAAUCUAAUUUAAUUUUUUAAGAUAUUGCUACAACAGUGUGGUCCAUGAGAGCUCUCUGGAGUUUGCAGAGGCAGAAGGCCUGGAUGCUGCUGCAUUAAGCACUUUCUUGAGAAGCAUGUGUUGGAGUAUAAGAAAAACCUUGUAGGCCAGGGCUAAGAUGGUGUUGCUGCGGUGAUCGGGCAAUGUUCAACUGUCCAAGCGAAAAUAAAAGACAUAGCCAAGUAUACUGUCUAUGUUCUUUGCAGUGCACACAAUUUCAAUUUAGUCAUAGUAGACUCUGUCAAAGGUGCAACUGAUGCUGGAAAUUUCUUCUCAUUGUUAGAAAGACAACACAUAUUCAUAUCUGGGUCUUACAAACAGAACAAAUGGUUGGAAGUGCAGCAGGGGAUGUCUGAUGGUGCACCAAGGGAACUGCAAAAGCUCAGUGAUGUUGGGCUUGUAGCAAAGCAUGUCACAAUGUUAGGCUGCCUGCAAUUGUACGAGUGCUUGAAGAGAUUGCAUCUGAGAUCCAUCCACAAACAGCUGUCGAAGCCAGAGGGAUAUUAGCUCAGAUUGAUCUGAAUUUUGUUCCCUCCAUCUCUGAAAGGUUUUGAGUGACUACAUUUUUGUCGGAUAUGCUCCAGUCUAAAACAGUUGACCAUGCUAAGGCUGUUGAGUUAACUGAAGCACUUAAAUAGACAUUAGACAUUUUCAAUGAACUGUGGACUGAAAACACUUGACACAUGUAAAAGAAGUGACACUUCUACAACCCAGAACAACCCAACGAGGUCCACACGGACAACUACACACUUCCAAGAUUGUCUCACUGCUCCUACCCUUGGACAUUUUCAAAUCCUGCCCCGAACAACCAUGUUUUAAGUUGGCCAUAUUGUGAAAAAGAAGCAGCCACGCAUGAAUUUAAGUGAAUGAAAUGUCUUGGUAUCUGAAUAGACUGAUCAUUGCACUCAAGUUGGACUUACGACUGACAGCUGAUGGGAAUAACUCAUUCCUACAACUGCAUGAUAAAUACAAAUGAGACUUGCUCGUGGCGGUCUUUGCAUAGAUUUGGUGGCCCCUGGUGGUCUAAUAGUGCACAAGACAGUAUUUUGUGGUGGGUCAUCUUUUUAUAUAGUGCAUAUCAUACAUCACAGUGGGUUUAAACAAUGUUUUAGCCUGGUUUGUAGGAUACAGAAAGGGAUUGAAGGUGGCCCUCACUUUAGAUCAGUCAUUUUUAUUGUUUUUUUAAUUUAUUUUUUUUAUUGGUUUUAGUUUUGGAACAUUCAACCGCAUUAAGACAAGUAAAAUAAUUUUGUAUGUUUGUGUAUACACCUUUAUAUAUAUAUAUAUAUAUAUAUGUCUGUCAUACCACAAUGACAUUUAUGAGUCAAAAAUCUUAAAAUAUCUUAAUUUGCAGGCUUUUCCAUGAAAAUUGUGAUUUAUGUGAUUGCUUACAAAUAAAUAAAUAAGCAAAUGUAUAACUCUGCCACCUUUUAAAGUCUCCAGCCUCCUGCCACUCAACGAGUAUUUCUCUAGAUCCGCACCUGAUUCACAACAUGGGGGGAAAUCAUGCAGCAGGAUCUGUUAUGAAAUAUAGGAAACUUAUUCCUUAUUUUGUUCCUACCCAGUCAACAUAAUUUGACAUUUACAUUACACUGCUAUAUAGACUUUCAUACAACUUUUCUCACCUGUUUAACUAAAGAGCUAUAGCAGCUUUUCAGAUCUACCAAUGACAAUGGAGUAAGUUAACAUUACUGUUUAAACCACAUUAAAGUUAGCUGAUUGUUACAUUAACCGCUCUAAAAUUUAACACGUCCUGAUGGGCAUUUUACAAUUAAUACAGAUUAUUACACUUCCGCAGUACACUUAACCUCAGUCACACAUAUAGCAGAAACACAAAACAAACGUCGCACUUACACUAGGUUAAGUUUUCAAAUAGCGCUAGAUUGGUAAGCGAGGUGCAUCUGUAAUUCACAUUAACACACCAUUAUAAAGGUGAAGCCGAAAACUGAUUAAAACUAACGGAAAAACUAUGAGAGGGAAAACGCCUACUCCACCGACAAAUAUCAGUAAUUAUAACAGCUGGGUCUAAUAUCAGUAAUUAUAACACAGCUAAGUCUAAUGUGAUUGGAACUGAGUUCUCCUUCCUCAUUCAAGCACUGUAAAUCGCUUCUCACCAUACACGUCAAUCAAACCAGGCCGAUAGCCGUCUUAACUUAAAACUAUUGCGCGUCUAUAUCACUUUGUACGGUAAAGAGUGUGGGCGCCGACAGGGUCUUCGUGGUGCAUUCAGUACACCUCGUAACUCUGAAACCUAUUCUAGAAUGGCCAUUAAGGUUUUUUAAAAUGGGGAAGUUUCCAUUUUGUCUAAUUUUUCCUUUGUUGAUGGAUGUGUAUGGAAGGAGCUACCAUCAUAUUCAAACAUGAUUUGACCGUUUGACAGUUUUCUUUCUGUGUCCGGUGAGAUCCCCAUCAUGUUAUCUCCGUGUUGUUUUUAAUGAUGGUAGCUCGUUAAAUGCACCCAUGUGUAUUUUAACAAAGAAAAAAAUAGACUCGUCUUAAACAACCUUCGUCACCAUUCGAGUAUAGAUUGCUGAAUUUACGAGGUACACUUGAAUGAACCAUGAAGCCUGUUGUGCCCACACGCGUUAACGUACAAGGCGAUGUAAACGCGCAAUCGUUUUUAAGUUGCGUUAGAACAACUGCUUUUCUGAUGCGUAGAUGGCGUAACCGUUUUGACUAAUAAUGUAACUCUAGCCGCACAUGAACAAAGUAGCUUCGGCCUCAGACUCUUAAGGCAUAUGUGUUUGAGCAAAAUUUCCCGAUUCUGUACGUCAGGCCAGUUCCGUCACAUCCCGUUUCGGUCCGAAGCCCGAGACGGUUUCGACGGACUGCUCUCAGUAUGACCCACCGCUGACAGAUAUGCGCCAGCUCUGUUUGACACUUCACUUUGUCAGAGGUGCUAAAUUGUAGAACAGCUGUACAAAUCAAGCCGUCCGUCUAUUUACAGCACUUCUCUUUUUCGGUAAUGGCUGGUCCUGCAUCAGCAACAACACAUACUAUGGGAGCGGACGGAGCCUUGACACCUUGUGAAGUGGUUCCCUCAGUCCCGUGCUCUGAGUGCUGUGGCUCCUGCCUGAGGAACAUCAGAGGCUUCAUCCCGCUGGAGUACCGGAAUGAGACAGUCCAGCUGGUUAAACUAGCGGGGCCGGUGCUCAUUUCCCAUUUGAUGGUGUUCAUGAUCAGUAUCAUCAGUAUGGUGUUCUGUGGUCACCUGGGGAAAACAGAACUAGCAGGGGUAUCACUGGCAGCUGCGGUGGUUAAUGUCUCUGGUAUUUCUAUUGGCACUGGUUUGUCGUCGACUUGUGAUACCCUCAUAUCUCAGACGUAUGGGAGCGGUAACUUGAAGCGUGUGGGUGUGAUUCUCCAGAGAGGGAUUCUGAUUCUCUUGCUGGCCUGUUUCCCCUGCUGGGCCGUCCUCGUCAACACUGAACCUCUCCUGCUUGCUGUCAAACAGAGCCCAGAGGUCGCCAGUCUCUCUCAGUUGUAUGUGAAGAUCUUCAUGCCUGCUCUGCCAGCUGUUUUUAUGUACGAGCUGCAAGCGAAGUAUCUUCAAAAUCAGGGAAUCAUGUGGCCUCAGGUUGUAACUGGAGCGAUUGGAAAUGUCCUUAAUGUAAUCAUCAACUACAUCUUCCUGUAUCCCCUGGAGUGGGGUGUCGCUGGAUCUGCAGCAGCCAAUGCCAUCUCACAGUAUUUGCUGGCUCUGUUGUUGUGUGGUUACAUCUGUUGGAGGGGUCUGCACAAGGCCACAUGGGGAGGUUGGUCACUGGACUGUCUGCAGGAGUGGGGUCCCUUCGUCAAGCUGGCCAUCCCCAGUAUGCUCAUGAUUUGUUUAUCAUGGUGGAUAUUUGAAAUAGGAGGAUUCCUGGCUGGAGUGAUAAGUGAGGUUGAGCUGGGUGCUCAGUCCAUAGCGUACCAGCUUUGCAUUACAGCGUACAUGUUCCCUCUAGGAUUCUCUGUUGCUGCCAGUGUACGGGUUGGGAAUGCUCUCGGUGCAGGAAACACAAAGCAGGCUAAGCUCUCUUGCAAAGUCCCCAUCAUCUGUGCAUUCAUAGUGGCAUGUUUUGUCGGAGCUAGUCUCAGCAUCGCCAGAAAUGUCAUUGGAUACAUUUUCACCUCAGAGCAAGACAUUAUUAAGAGGGUUGCUGAUGUCAUGCUCCUAUUCGGUUUCAUGCAUGUUGGUGAUGCCACUGCAGGUGUGGCUGCAGGAGUUCUCAGAGGAGCAGGAAAGCAGUUGUUUGGCGCUCUGUGUAACCUGAUAGGACUCUACCUCAUUGGCUUCCCCAUCGGUGUGUACCUGAUGUUUGCGGCGAAGAUGGGGAUUGUGGGACUAUGGACAGGACUUACUCUUUGUGUGUCACUGCAGGCGAUUGUUUUCAUCAUGUUUUUGUGCAAACUUGACUGGAAAAAGACGACUGAAGAGGCUCUUGUGAGAGCAGGAGUCCAGAUCACAGAAGAAAAAGAGAUGGAUGGGAUGGAGCACCCAGACUCAGAUCAGAGCCCGGCUCUGGCCAGUACAACUCUGUCCAGCUCUGUGAGUGAGGAGGGUGACACAGACCUGGAGGUGCUUGUUCCAGGACACGCUGAAUUCACCACUACAACCACAGUGGGAGAUGUUCUGUCAGUAAGACAGCUGGUUUUAAGGCGCGGCCUGACAUUGCUUAUCAUGAUCGUCAUCCUCAUCACUGGGAUUUUAAGCAGCACCUUGCUGGUGAAACUGUUCAAAUGACUCUUAUCCUGAGAGCUCAGGUAUAUGAGUGUCAAAGUGCUGCUCGUGAUGUUGAUCCCACUGAGAAUCAACACCCCACUCUGCAGCUCUGUGCAGCUUUCAGUCAGUCUCAGGCUUAUGUUUUGGCUUCCUGGUCUGUCUGGAUCCAGGUCUCAGGAACCUCCUCGUGUUUCCACUUUCUGCCACAAUGCAAAUGACGGGGAGCUGAAGUAAGUGACUUGUGAUGAGUCAAAGAGCCAAAGAGAACCAUAUAUUUUCCUCAGCUAGCAGACCAAACCAAGGCUAAAAUGCAAGUAAAUAGUGGACUUGUGUUUGUGAGUAAUGUAGCAUGUCAAUGCUUGUUAGUGUGAGUUUAUGGCUCAAAUAAGUUUUAUUGUAAAAUAUGUUCAGACUAUCUGUUCAGUUUGUUUUAAAAGAUUACUCUACUGAUUUAUAUAACGUUGGUCAUGCUCUUGUCUGGUCUUCUUUAUUCCAUGCAUUCUUUUUCUUUGUCAAAACCUGGCGCCUACAUCACAGCUCAACUGCUAUAGUUUAGUCAGGAUGCAGGUGUGUUAUGGUACUAGCAGCUAAUGUAGCUGAGAUGAGGAGUGGGAUACAGAGGUCUGGUAAAGCGCACUGCUUUUUAACUCUACACCCCCAGAUUUGUUUCAUUUAGAAACUUGUAAUCUUCAGCCCCAACCAGUUCUAACAAAAAGGAUUAAGCUAUUCAUUAAACCAAGGUAGAGCUGAAGUGAACUGCUCGUGUAUGUGCUCUGUAUGACUUUAAAACCCAGACCCAAGACGAGCAAUGAUCUUAUCACAUCACAGUAAAGACAACAGAGCAUGUUGUCCACCAGCAAUCAGCUGAAGGAGACUGUUUCUUUUUCUUUGUAUGACUGUUGAAAAUGAACUCACUCAAGAUGAAAAACACUGACUAAAGUGUCACAUAGGACGGACUCUAGACAGGUUAUGUAUUAUAAUUUCAAAUUACCAGCAAUUUAAAGUCUGUCAGAUGGAUUAUGUCACAUAACAGUCUCCAAACUGUGGAAAUAUUGUUCUAAUGCACUUAGACUGUUUUCUGUAUUGUACAUUUUAAAUGAAAGUAUGUUUGGA